AUGUUCACAGGUGGCACAGCACAGCAAAUCUUUGUCCAUUAUGGCGGGGCAUCGCGGCAUUGGGGUCGAAAUUUUUCGAGCUUCGUUUCAGAUUCUGUCGAGAUGCCUUAUGUUAUGCCUGGUAUACUUGUAUGCGAGGCUGCGAGUGUUGGGAAAGGCGUGACAAUACUUACGACUGCGUUAGAGAAUACAAAAUCUUGGAUUGGUUCGUCAACUGCACAGUCAAAUUGUGGCCCAACCACUGAAAAUAACGAACGAAUGGACGAACUGUGGCUGGAAUACGGCGCGGAUGUCCGUCUAGCUUGCACUGGGCAAGUGCCUAUGUUUUACAUUUUACAUAGGUUAGAUGUGAAAAGUGAAUUUUACGAUCAUGUAAAUGUUCAGUGGGUGCAAAAAGAUGUUCGCGAUAGUGGAGUCUCGAGUCCCUCGACGAGGAAAAAUAGGAUCAUUGGCUUGACUCGAGUCGACCAAAAAUGGGAAGUAACGGGUGAUUAUGCAGCUACCGUUUUAGCCGAUGGAGUCAAUGAUGUACAGCUACGCUCUAGUCUCCGGAGCAGAAGAGUGGGGCUGUCAACUCAAAUCACGAAAAUGAUUUUGUACAUUCUGCAAGGAUCAUAA